CAAACCAAAGAUCCACUUCGUGUCCAAGACAGAGAACAUCACAUCCUUGUCUGAAAGAUACUCUCAAAACGAAAGAUUCGAAAAACGGUAUGAAGCAAAUUCAAGUCAGCGAUUCGAACUCCGGCGGAAGAAGUAGCCGGAACGAUGAGAUUGUUUCUAUCGGAGCUUCGGCGCGGUUCGAUACAUUGCCUGAAGAUUGCAUCUCGAUGGUGAUUUAUCGCACCUCUCCCCGCGAUGCCUGCGUCGUGGCUUCGGUUUCGAAAACCGUUAAAUCGGCGGCUGAAUCGGAUUUGGUUUGGGAGAAGUUUCUUCCUCAGGACUACUCAUCUCUUGUUCCUCCUCGAUCGGUGGAUUUCUCGUCGAAGAAGGAGAUUUAUAUGUCUCUCGCCGAUGAUUCCGUUCUAAUCGACGACGGCAAAAAGAGCAUUUGGUUAGAGAAAGGUAGUGGGAAGAAGUGUUACAUGUUAUCUGCGAUGGAUUUAAAGAUCGCAUGGAUUGAUACUCCUGAAUAUUGGAAAUGGAAGAAAGAUCCUGAAUCUAAGUUUGAGAAAGUAGCGAAGCUUCGUCACGUGUGUUGGUUUGAGAUUCGGGGAAAGAUAAGUUGCGGAAUGCUUUCCAAGGGGACACAUUACUUUGUCUACGCAGUGCUCAAGAUAGGAGGGAGUGGAUCACGCGGGUUAGAUGACACGCCCAUGGAAGCUCAAGUCGGGUUUGUGGGGGAGGAAGCUGCUAGCAAAACGUUUGUGUUACUCGAACCAAAGGGUACGUACCUGCGCGGUGGUUAUGGUUGUUGUUACUCGAGUAGUUCGCUCACAACGGUGGAAGAAGUUGAAGAUGAGAGGGAAGCUGAUGGGAGUGUGGAGGAGCCAAAGGAGAGAGGAGAUGGGUGGAGUGAAGUGAAGCUUGGGAAUUUUUACAACGGUGAUGGAGGUUGUGAUGAUGAUGGUGAUGAGAUUGAGUUUUCUAUUAUGGAGAUUCAGAAGGGAAAUCUGAAGAGUGGUUUGAUUCUGCAGGGAAUCGAGAUAAGGCCCAUGAUAGAAGGAGAAGAAGAAAUGGUGAUAGCUAAGUGAUCAAACAUCUGAUUUUAAGUACUCAACAGAGUUUAAAGCUUUUUGUAUUCGCUGCUACUGCUAGUAGAGUUUAUUUUAUACAGUUUGGAGUUUUUGAUAUGCAAAUUAAGAAGUUAAGAAUUA